AUAUCUACCCUGUUGUCUUCGGGAGAUCUGGACAGAUUGAUGUGAUGUGACCGUGAUCUAAAGAGAAAAGGGAGUGAAAGUCUCAGAAUCAUUCGAUACCCAUUUUCAAUUUUCGAUAGGUAAGGGAUUAGAAAAAUUGAAAAGGAGUUUGGAAAGGCUUCACAGGUUCCCCUUCACAAGGAAUAAAACCAAAGAGGAAUUUGGGUAGAUAUAAUGUUUCUCUCGAGAUGGGUGUACUUGGCAAUAUGGGUAUCUGAGCAGGUCCAAGCUACCUGCAUUUUUGCUUAGAUAGGUAUCUAAUCAGGAAAAAAAUUCCGAACACCUGUGUAGUACAUCAGGUGGGGAAAAAAAUCCAAAAACCUGUGUUGAAAACAUCGGGUGGGGGUCGAUAAAUUGAAUCUAUAUGGGCGUGAAAUCUCCUGUAAAUAAGUGGGCCUCAUUUUAUUGCAGAAAAAAUUAUUGGGUGUCAUUUUUGUGGGGAAAUUAACAGAUCUAGGAUCACAAAUAGGUGGCAACAUCAUGACAAAUGAUGGUGAGAGCACAGAAAAUAACAGUAUAGCGGAGCAAAUUGGGAGGCUUGUAGAGCAGGCUAAGGCGUUGCAGGAUUCUGCCGGUGCAUUUUGUUCGAAGAUCAAGUUGGAGGAAGAAGCAAUCAGGCAGAGAGCAGUUACUCUCGAAUCUGAAAUCAAGAAGCUUCGAUUCUCUCUUAACUCUGCCGAUGACAUUGAUCACAGAGAGGCUGAAAAGUUAGAAGAGGAACUAUUUAGAGCCCACUGUAUGAUUAGUGAAGGCGAUGUCUCUGCUCUUAAUCCAAACAAGCCUCAGGGUUCUUUUCUUAAAAUGUUUCUUGGCCCCAUUAAUGUUCGUGCUUUGAGAAAUGAUGUCCGAUUGAAAGUCAAGGAGGAAUACAACAAUUACAGGGAUAGAACAGCAAUUCUGUUUCUGCUAUUUCCAUGUGUUUUACUGCUACUGAAGACUUGGAUUUGGGAGGGUUGCUUCCCAGCAUUGCCAGUCCAGUUAUACCAGGCAUGGUUAUUAUUUUUCUACACAAGUUUGGCUUUACGUGAAAACAUUUUGAGGGUCAAUGGGAGUGAUAUCCGGCCAUGGUGGGUCUAUCACCAUUAUUGUGCCAUGACUAUGGCUCUUGUAAGUCUUACAUGGGAGAUCAGAGGGCAGCCUAGCUGUGUCCAGAAGCAGCAAGGAGUGCGGCUCUUUCUGACAUGGGCUAUAAUGCAAGGCGUUGCCAUGUUACUUCAAAAUAGAUACCAGCGUCAGCGGUUAUACACACGCAUUGCACUAGGAAAGGCACGGAGAAUGGAUGUAGUAUGGGGAGAAACUUCGGGGGUUGAAGGUCAACUGUGGUUGUUGUACCCCAUUCUAUUCACUUUGCAGGGCUUUGAAGGAUACAUUGGUGUGCUCUUGCUUCGGACUGUGAUUGUUGGUAGUGUUUCUGAGUGGCAGGUAGUUGUAUGUGGGAUCUUAUUGUUGAUAAUGGCUGUGGGGAACUUUGCAAAUACUGUGGAGACUCUAAUUGCAAAGUCAAGAGUGAAAGCAAGAAUUAAGAGGACCAAGAGUAAGCAAACAUGAAUUCAACACUGCAGAGUUUUCCGAGCACAAAGGAGUUGUAAAGCAAAAGUAUAUUUGUUUUUGGCAGUAGUGAUUUGUGUCCACUUUCAUUGCCAGUGCUCUAUAACGUCCAAAAUGAUCAACAAGAAGUUUGUAUUGUUAAUGUUUAGAUUCUAAAAUACAAAUUGUUCAAUAACGUUUUGUUUGACGUUACCUGUGAGUGGGUGUAUUAAAUGAGUGCAUUCUUUGUGGAUUUUUAAAUCCACUUGGAAGGGUUGUUAGUAGGGAAAAAAUAAUCUUCUAUGUUCUCAUGUCUAUCAGCUGUUUUGGCAUAAGCCUACAAAGAUGAGAAGUUAGAUUUAGCAUUGCGAUCCUACAAUUUUGAAAAUUAAUUUUAUGGAUGAAUUCCAUUAAACAUGCAAAUAUGUCCCAUGAGUGUGGCUAGUCGAAAGGAUCACAAGCACAGAAACAGAUUUCUCUUGUUAAAUAUUUCAACGAAUAUGGUUUUUAAUGAGUAUGAGAUCUACAGUAUGAUUUCAGUUCGUAGAUUAA